AUGACAACAUAUACUCGUCGAGGGCCUGGUCAAAGCUAUUUAAAAUCUAUGCUAUCUGAACGAAUUAACAAUUUAAUAGAACACAAAGAUUUAAAUCUUGAAAUAAAUCCUUUGCAGGUUUACGAACAAGUUGUUAAAAAAUACGAGGAAGAAAAUGGAUUUCUUCCACCUGAUCUUCCACGUAGUGUAACUACCGAAGUUGCUGCUGCAAACCCGGAAGUUAUGAAAAUAAUUCAACCUCGAAUGAAAAUGUUGAUUGAAAUAGCCAAUAAAUAUGGAUUUGCGGCCAAGUUUACAGGUUCUGGUGGUUGUAUUGUUGGAAUUUGGAAAGGUUUUAAAGAAACCGAAGAUGAUGAAAAGAAUAUGUUAAAAAAUAUUGAAAUUUUGAAAAAUCAUUUGCAAUUGGAAGGGUUUAUAUUUUGUUGGGUAACGCCUGAAAAUCAUA